AUGCAGAACCCUAGUGAAGAAUAUGUGGAUGCGUUUAUGAAAUGGCACGGAAACGAGCGCACUGUGUUCAAAAAAGAAGACAUUUCUCAAUGGCAAAACUCUUUUCCUGAUUACAAGUUCAAAAUAUUCUGUCUGAAAGGAACAACGAGAACUGUUGUCACAUUGCAUUCCUGCAAACAUCAUCCGAUCGAUUCCACAAAAAAGUCUUUUGUUUUCAUUGGACUUGGAUGGAUAGAUCCAGAUUUUAGAUCCCGCGCGGCAGCGAAGUUUUUUGAAAGUAUGGCAAACGAGCAGCUCAAGACCGAGGAUGAUAAUCUUAUUUGUUGGGGAAAUCAGCCACUUCGAAGAUUCUGGCAUACACUUAUUGGGACGGAAGAGCACGACGACAAAGGACACGGUUCAAUGGAAGUUGGGUACAAAAGUUUUUACGAUGGCAAAGAUGUCGUCAUUCCUGAAAACUUAGAUGCUGGCGGUGUCAUUAUUAAAAAAUGCCCGAGAAGUUCCAAAGAAAGAUAUAAUCAAUUUUGAUCAAAGUGUACAUCCAUAUCACAGAGAAAAGUACAUUAUUUCCCAUAUGUAUGACAAAAAUGGUUUUGGGAAAGUUGCAUAUGAUGAGGAUGGGAAAGUUGUUGGAAUCGGACAAACUAUUAUUUAUGAUAACAAAAUGGACUGUAACAUUGGCCCGAUCUAUGCAGAUGACCCAAAAGUGGCUCAGGCAAUGUUUGCAGAAAUUCUUAAAGGAAUUAAAGAAUCUGGAAAAGAAGUUUCAACUUUUGAGAUGCGAUCUUCCCAGCUGUGCACGGACGCUUUUCAUUGGUUCACUCCGUUCUUGAAAUGCAAGCCAUCCCGUGUUCACGUAUGUAACCUUUCAUACAAGCACUGGGCUCCGGAAGACGUCGAUUUUUCAAAAGUCUACUGUCCGGCUCGUGCUCAAUUGUUUGUCGUCUAA